AGUCAUCGCUGCCCCCUUUCAAUAUAGAAGCGAUGGAGAAUUCAACGACAAAGACGGAGGGUGUACAUCAGAUUGUUCCUGAGAAUCCUGUCCACAAAAUCUCCUCCAAUGAGCCAUGUCUUGGGGACAAGUCUAUAUUCUGCCAGAUGGAGGUCCUAGCCCGCUACUGUUCCAUCCCUGGCUACAACAAGCUGUGCUGUGAAUCCUGCAACAAGAAGGAAGGCUUCACCACCCUCUUCUCUCCAUCCCCAGACCUCCACAAGACUGGAGGAUCCUCAGACUCUGAGACUGGCCCAGACCAGGAGACCUCCACCCAGCCUAACCCCACCGCCUCCACCACCCUACCAUCAGACACCCCGCUCCCCCACACCACUACCCAGAGCCCACCCCAAACCACUAAGACCCCUAGACGGCCUCGCUCCACUGCCCAGGGCCUGACCACCUCACCGUCGGCGGGUGCGGUCCCUCCCAAGGGUCCUUCCUUGGGGGUCGGGGAUGGAGACUCGGUCCCUGUGCUCCCUUCUCUACCUCCGGGUCCCAGCCCGCCUCUCCGGCCCCGGCUCCGGCCCAACGCUGCUCCAGACUCCAAUGGAGACCCUGCUUUAUCGCCAUCUAAAGAGCACAGCAGUCCAAACAACCGCUCUUUAGGCCAAGCCGCCGCCCCGGCCCUGAACCCGGGCCUGCUGGAGCUGUGGCUGGCGUGGCUGCUGCCAGGUCAAGAAGGGAGGAUGUAGGAUCAGAGAGGGACUCAGCUCACAGAACCAGAACAACCAGAACCAUGUCCCAUGUGGUGACAUGAUCCCUGACUUAUCCUGUGACUUGCUGCUCAGUAAUAUGGUCCACCAUGACUUCCGUCAGCUCAACGUUAUUACAAUGUUGUUACAGCAUUACAGUGUUACAGCGUUACAAUGUUACAAUGUGACAACUUUAUUACAACGUUACAACAUUAUUACAACCAUCUGAGGGAUUAUCCUGGACUGGACUCUCAACCGAUUGCUGCAAGAAUAAAUUAACAUGCCAGUGGACUUAGACCAGUAAUGGUUACCUCAUCGAACCAGCAGAGCGAUCUCUAUGCAUUUGCACUGCCUCACUCAGCCCUCUCUGCUUCAGUUAAGAAAUGGAAGAAAAACAAGAAAAUAAAAAGGUGCUGAAACUAAAAUGACUACAAGACAUGUUAAACAAUGUGACGACUGCAUUGGCUGCCAUUACUUCCUAAUCUGUGUACAUGUUAAACAAUGUGACGACUGCAUUGCUACCAUUACUUCCUGAUCUGUGUACAGUUGUGCAAACAUAUUUUGAAAGUGCAUCAGAACUACUUAUUGAACUUAAUAUUGUGAAGAUAUUUUGUGGCACGGACAAAAACCUUUACUUUGGGGGCUGUCACAAGUUGUAGUGAUGAUGUCACAAGUCUUGGUGAUUUCACAAAUCUUGGUGAGGAUGUCACAGGUAUUGGAGAUAAUGUUGCAAAGUCUUGGUGAUAAUGUCGCAAAGUCUUGGUGAUGAUGUCACAAUGUAUUGGUGAUGAUGUCGCAAAGUCUUGGUGAUGAUGUCACAAUGUAUUGGUGAUGAUGUCGCAAAGUCUUGGUGACGAUGCCACAAUGUAUUGGUGAUGAUGUCGCAAAGUCUUGGUGAUGAUGUCACAAUGUAUUGGUGAUGAUGUCGCAAAGUCUUGGUGACGAUGCCACAAUGUAUUGGUGAUGAUGUCGCAAAGUCUUGGUGAUGAUGUUGCAAAGUCUUGGUGAUGAUGUCACUUCCUCCAGGGAGCUUUGUAACCUCUCCCCAUUGGUGCUCUUAUUGUUGAUGUGCUUUCCAAACAACCAUUUACAAGAGAUUGACCUCCAGAGGUCAUCAAAAGGUCAACAGGUCAAGUCUGUUUGCAAAGCCAACCCCACUGUAGCAUGCACAUUGCCUUUGUGGAAAAACUCACAUAUGCUUUAAAAGAUAAAAAGAAAAAACAUGAUUGAUAUUUUUUUGAUAUAUUUUUAAAGUAAUUUUGUAUAUAGUGUAAAUUUCAGCAGCAUAUUAUUAUCUAAGAAACUAACAGCCAGCCAACGGAAUGUAAAGUAUGAUGACGUCAUUGAGAAGUUAAGAGAGAAUGCUGUAAGUCUGCAGAGCGGUUGGUCUGAUGUCACGCUGUUUCAAGUUGUGCAUUACCUCAUUCCUGUCUUGCAGUUCAGAACAUCCUUAUGUGUAUUGUAUAGUUCUUGUAUAUACAUGAAUGAAAAGCUUUAAAUGUUAAUAUUUAUUAAAUGUUUAAAUGGUAG